CGGUGAAGAUAGCUCAUUUAAUGAGCAUGGGUUCACACUCGAAGGACGGCGCGGGAACCAAUCAGACAGAGCUAGCUCCUUUGUGGACGUGCCCCAUUGGCUACCUUGUCACUCAGCCUUGGAAAGCUGCAGCACCGACGUGUCCAAGGCAGAAAGUGAGGGAAUAUGUAAGACCAUCAUUAGGACAGAUACUGCCAAUGGCCCUCUCGUUUCAAACUCUGCGUACACACCAUGACUUCAGCGGACGAUAUCACUCCGCUUCUAGAGCUGUUUCCUCUCGACAAUGCCUCGGAAAAGGUCUUGAAAAGAGUCUGUCAGACUCUCUGGGAAUGGCAAGACUGCGAACAAUGUGGAAACAACGUUCCUUGCGUUUCAGGCGCCUGCCCUUGGAGAAGACGCCAGAAGCUUAAGCCUUUCCUCGGAUUUUACCAGGCCAUCACCUCCUGGACUAGCCCCCAAUGCCUCCUCAGGAGUCAACAUGCGCUUAGAAGCCACGACGACUUGCUCGAUAUAGUUCGCUUGAUUCGGGAUCGGCCAAACGCUUCGAAAGGGUCGCUCAUCGAGGAAUACUUCUCGCGUUACGAUGAAGCGCUACCAGACAGAAUCGACCAGUUACGGGCUUUCGACCUCGCCAUGAGAGUAACCACAAUGACAAGAUGCUCUUCAAGAAGCUCAAUCGUCGCUCACAUAAGGCCACAUCUCGUGCCCUUUGUUUGGCGGGGAAGCGACUCGGCACUGGAAUUCAUGGCGCUGGCAAUUCCAAAAGGCGAGCCACUACGACUGGACGAAGAAAACUUCCCAGCUCUUGUGGGCAUGACCGCGCAUAGCUUGGAAAAGGAGCAUCGUCUCCAGCUGGUGGGGACCGACGAUCUCUCCAAACAUCUUCUUCUGGACGGCAAAUGUAGGCUGGUGCAUAUUUACCAUCAUGCCGGAUUUCUCAAGGAGUGCUUAUUGCGCACACGGGAAGGCGGGUCUCGCGCUAAAAAUCGUUCCCCGUCAACUAGCCCUUGAAACUCUCUAUUCAAUUCAAUGUCAUCUGUUCCCGUUUUACGAUGAAGCGAGUAGGGAUUUCGUCAAUAGUAAAGGAUGGGAUCCAGAAUGCGUAGGAGCAGAUCUUGCGAGUUAUUGUCGGGAGGAUGAGGACGUCACCCAGGCGUGUUAUUGGGGCCCACGGUGGGCUGCUCUGUCCGAAGAGAUUGGGACACCAAAGCUCGCGCAGAGUGGUAAAUUUUGGAAAUGGCUGAGUAAGAGAAGU